AUGGAUCCCGAAGAUGAAGUGUCAACGGAUGAACUCUGCGCCGCACUACUGAGCCGCCUGGGAAACGGCCAUGAAUUGAGCGAGCAAAUGCGUAAUCGCCUUCACGCGGCAACAGCAUCGGCGAGAGAAAACGAUCCAGAUGAAGCCCAAGAACUGCGACGGCUUGCAGAAAGACAGCGCCAAAUCGCCAAAGAGCUCCUGCUGUCGUACAGAGUUUUCCAGCUCGAAGAUGCGAUGUCCAUGGAGAAUAUCUUCAAGCACCGGACAGAAGACUGCGUGCAGGUGGUCCUGCCCAAGACUACAGGCGAUCCAGAGAGAAACAAUGCGCAGUAUCGGAGAUAUCUCCAGGAAAUGGUGCUGAACGAUCUGGCGCCUUUUGUAGGUAAGAUAAACGUUGGGGAGCCUAUCGUCAGUGAUCCAGAAAGCAACACCGCCAUAGCGAAAGUCUUUGGCAAAAUCAAGGCGACCAAAAGUCGGCCGGCAUUUACCAGUGACACGUUGUGGUUCCUUUACUUCACCGAGGACGGCGAGAAGGUGCGCAGAAUCGAAGUGUACGUGGACUCCAGGCAGUCCUAUGAGUUCAAGCAGAAGCUUGAUGAAUACAAGCGCAAGCAGCAUAAAAGGAGGAGUCAUUAA